UGGGGGAGCUGAGGGGGAGGGAGACUCUUCAGGCACUCGGAGCUGUCGCCCUGCUGGAAUAACAUCGCUAUCCUUCUAUCCGUCAGUGCAUCAACUUAGCCAUGGGGAAGCUGCUUGGACUCUGCGCUGUGGUGCUGGCUUGUAUCACCAUUGGAUCUGCUCUUCAAUGUCUGAAAUGUUCAUUCACUAUUUUUGGUAUACCCUGUCACACUUCAACUGUCACCUGUGAGAGUGGAGAAGUUUGUGCUGUCAUCAAGGGAGCUGCUGCUGGUAAAAAUUUCAUCACAAGGAAGAAUUGCGUCGCACAGGAUAAAUGCGGCAAGAACGAUACCGAGAGCUAUGUGGGCGUCAGUUAUGUCACCACCUACAAGUGUUGUGAUGGCGAUUUCUGCAAUUCGGGGGCCACCUUGCCCUCUGCUCACAUCUCUCUGCCCAUGCUUCUGGUCAUCGGAGGCACCUGGCUCCUUCGCUUCCUCUAAUCCUUUUUUCAGAAAGGAGAGAAAACGCCAACGCUGGAAGAUGCCAAAGAUUAAGCCUGCGAUCCUCCUACUUGUUUUACCUGAAAGUAACAUCCAUUGAACUCCAGUCAUGUAAAGGAUUGUACUUUUAUCCUAUCAAGCACUGUAUUAAUUAGACACUUUCCUUUUUAUUCAAAAAUGCAUCUGUGGCUUAAUGAAGGCAUAUCCUCUAUUUUAGAGCAUGUGAAUGAAGCUUUAGGAGUUGAAGCUGCCUUAAUCUUUCUCCUCCUCCUGCUCCACCCCUUCUUUUUCCAUUAUCUCCUACCUUUUCCAUUCUUUUUCCACUUAAUUUCAUCCUCUGUAAGCUUAUCUUUAAAACAGGGUUGGAAAACUAGUGUCAGACCAACUACAAGUCCAAUAGUCCCAUCUAGAAUUCUGGUACCCAUCUCCCUUAGGCCCCUUUUAAGCUUCUUCACCGCUUGAGAUUUUACACUGCCUUCCUCCUCCUGUACUAAAAACUUCCGCCUAACCUGCUUUGUAUAAUUUUUUUUUACUUUCUCAGCCCACAUGCUCAGUGUUGUGUUUCCUCUCCAAUUAUCUCAUUUCAUAGGGUUUCUCCCAACUAUGAUCAUCAAUUCGUGCCUUUUUCCUCUUGUUCUGCCAACAUUUCUCCUGAUGACAGUGUCAUGUCUAUGAGGGAGAUAAGGCAACGGAGGAUAAGUCCCCUCAAUGCAAUUCCUCCGCUCCCCCCCCCCCCCACACUUCCAUCCCAUGCCGCAUUCCCUUAAAGAAAUACGAUCUGUGGCAUCCCUAGGCAGAUAUUUGGUAGCUGAGCCACAGCAGAGAGAUAGAGAGGGAGAAAGAGGGAGGGAGAGAGAGAGAAGGCUUCUGAGGCAACCAUCUCACUGGCUGGCUGGUGAAAAUAUGCCAAGAGCUGCUAUUUUGGGCUGACCCCUGAGCUAGUUAUGCUUUAAAGGCCGCACACAUAACAUUCUGCAGAGGAGGGGCUGUGUUGCCUGCUCUUGCACACACACCCUUCAGGCCGGAGAGUUGGAUUUAACCCUAUAGAUGCCGACAUUUCAGCCUUUGUCCCCAAAAUCUGCAGGCAGGUUUCUUGCAUCUGUACGCAGGGGUGG